UUUAAAUAUAAAUUUACGCUGCACUUCUUUUCGAGCAAACGAGGGAAUCCCCUGCUGCGCCAUGCAACUAUCUUCCUCAGACGAUAUCCACAGGUAAUAUCGGUCCAAUAUGCGCCAUGAACCUGCAAAAUCUAGCAUUGAGGAAGGGCCCAGGUGCGGCUGGUCAUAAUAUACAAUCAUGGACCAAACGCAGAAAAAGAUGCGGGAGCUUUCAUACAAUUGGCUCUUGUUAUUUUGCUACGGCGAAGCCUUCUCCGAGUCAAUUGAAGGAAGAGUUGGCAAGAGAGCAUGUGAAGGAUUUAUCCAGGAAACAGAAGGCCAAGAAGCAGGCCAGAGCCAUAGACCGAGACUUCUUCAUGUCAGUCCUUGGCUCAUCAGCAACGAAGCGGGACGCACGAUCCUACCUCUCACGAUUUACCCCUUCCAGUGAACCUCUUGCAAGAAAACCAGUCCUACCGCCCAAGGAUAAUAGUCAAAUAUCAUAUGGAAAUGGAGUCAAUCUGGGAGGGUUCUAUGGCACUGCUAGAGCUGUUGCAGAAAGCCCAAAGUUUGUACAACAUCCCCAGGGGCAAACCCAUUCGGCCACUGGGCCCCAGCUGCAUGUCGCGCUGGUGAAGAUCAGGGCACCUCAGACCCUGAAUGACGAUACGCUUUCCGGCAUUGGCCGCACCCUUUCGCAACUGGGAAGAUUGGGAUUGACGAGUGUCAUCGUGGUUGAUUGUAAGGAUCGUGCUCAAUCAUAUCCAGAUUCCAACUCCCGGAAUUUGGCCAUAGAACAGGCAAACCGAAUCGCAACUGCUCUUGAUGCCAGUGGAGAGACUAGAGCGAGGCUGGUAGACGAUGCCAUCGGCAUUUCUGAGAAGGCGCCCGGCGUCGAAGAUGGUUCGGCAGCCUACCUGAGAGGGAGAGUCCAUGUUACUCUUCGGAAACUCUUGAUAACUCCCCUGAAACGGGGCAUUGUUCCAGUGAUCCCGUCUAUUGGUUACACCGAUAGCUCUCAGACUUCAUUCCCCGUCCAGGCUGACGAGGUGGUGUUGGCUCUCACCAGGGAACUGGCUGGCUUUCAACCAGCUCUAUUACCAGACGAGGAUCCAGAUGUCAUGAAAGAACGUCUACAGGCACUGAGGAAAGAGGUUUCAUUAGAUAGACUCAUUAUUCUGGAUCCCCUGGGCGGCAUUCCAUCAUCUGACCGUCCCAACGGUUACCAUGUCUUUUUGAAUAUGGAGCAAGAGUUUGAGUCCGCGAAGCAGGAUCUAGUCGGAGCCAACUUAUUGGAAUCAGACCAGAGCAGUCAGAAGGAUGAUCGCGUAUCUGAUUUGGGUGCCAGUAAUCCUUUCUCGAAGUUUGUUGAGACCGAACUUACAGGUCCUCGAAAGUCAGAGAGAUCUCCACUAAUGCCGGGGGCUACUAGUGUUCUCGACACUGACAACACACAACAUCUACAAAACCUCCAGCUAGUUCGUUCUGUACUCUCAGUGCUACCUCCUAGCUCAUCAGCGUUAUUGACUACCCCCGACGAAGCCGCAAACUCAGGCAGGGAACGAAAUGCCCCUUUCCAGGCUCCCGAAGUGGGCACCCGACGACUACGAAAUCCCCUAAUACACAAUUUGCUUACAGACAAGCCGGUCUUCUCAUCAUCUCUGCCCGUUGGCCGCCUUGGUCUUCCUACACAUUCAAUGAAAAACGAGCCGGUUUCCCCGACAGUGUACAUGACUCCAACGACUUUCGCCAAACACGGAAUGUCAGUUAGUAUCUUCCCAGAUCCAAAAGUCACUCGUUGGGAACCGCCAACACCGGGUAAGCCGCGCUUGAGGCUGACCGACUCGCAAAUCGACCUCCCUCGUCUAGUACAUCUGAUCGAGGACUCAUUCAAUCGGAAGCUGGAUGUAGAGGACUACUUGAAGCGAGUCAAUGAACGUAUUGCUGGGGUUAUCAUUGCUGGAGAGUAUGAAGGUGGAGCUCUACUGACGUGGGAAACGCCACCAGGAGUGUUGGAUGACGGUACUGCCGAGUCCAGAGCUCGGAUGGUACCAUACUUGGAUAAGUUUGCAGUCUUGAAGCGAUCACAGGGAAGUUCUGUUGCAGACGUUGUUUUCAGGGCUAUGGUACGAGACUGCUUUCCCUCUGGCGUCUGCUGGCGUUCCAGGCGCAAUAACCCUGUUAACAAGUGGUAUUUUGAGAGGUCGAGGGGUACUUGGAAGUUACCUGGCACAAAUUGGGCAAUGUUCUGGACGACCCCAGACCUAAGCAUGGAUCAGCAGACAUUUCGGGACUACGAGGGAGUCUGUAGAGGAAUUGUCCCGUCGUGGGCUGACAACAAAACUAUUUUAGACUAGAUCAACGAGUUGAGGCUAUCUGGGGGCUACGUUGGAGCAUUCCCAAAACAAUAUAAAUUACAUAUUGAAAUAUACAAUGUUCAAGG